CGGCCUGCCUCAUUAUGCGAGCCAAUCGAACGCUUUUGGCGACAGUGGCUGCAUUUUGAUCUCAAAACCUGCGAAAUCAAAAUGGGCCGCGUGCCGACCUUCACUUUUUCAUGAUGCCCGACGCUCCUCCUUCCCUUCUUCCUUGAUACUGGCCGUGCAUGUUUUCCAAAUCCACCCGGCCUUGUCGCCCGAAACCCAGUCCUGAAACUGAAUCAUGGUCAAAGAAUGGUCUCCCCUCAAGGAGGAGAUUCGUCAGCUCUACCAAAUUGAAAAAAAACCCCUUCAUGAGGUCAUGCGACUAGUGAAGGGGAAGCAUAGGUUUCACGCAUCUGAGCGGUCCUAUCGAUCCCAGCUCCGAAAAUGGGGCUACAUGAAAUAUAGCACCGAGUCAUUCCCAAAUCCCCGCGUGAGAAACCCUAGACUGGUGCAGGUCGGGCGGUCAAGCGUCCAUCGACAGUCUUCUGCCACAGACACUUCGACAAGCUAUCCCAGAACCGCCAGCUUCCCGUCUGAUAUGUCAUUCGCAGCAGUUCACACCAGCAGUCUGAAUGACUUAUACCACGGUCCAGCAGACACAACCAUGAUGGACACCGGUGGUCUGCCAUUGGCUGAUCUGAACCCCUUGGAUCUGAACCAACAAGAUAGCGAAGGCAAAACUCGACUACAUCGAGCCACAAUCAAUGGAUCAAUGGACGAGAUCAAAGAACUUCUCCAUUCGGGGGCAGCCGUGCAUUUGAAAGAUUUCCUCGGAAACGAACCGCUUCAAUACGCAGUCGGCGCACUCAAUUCGAAGGCUACGGAUCUUCUACUUCGAUUCGGAGCUAAUGCCAAUACCAAAGGUAACAUGGGCUACUCUCCCUUGCACCUUGCGGUCGAACAUGGAGCAAUACUGGACAAACUCCUCUUCCACGGCGCUGCUCCUUGUGCUCAGGACGACGAAGGCAACACCCCCCUCCACAUCGCCAUAUCGACACCUUCCGCCUACUCUAAGCAUCCAAAAUCAGUCAUUGAUUCCCUGCUGAGAUCCGGAUCUGAUGUGAACCUAGCCAAUAAGGCUGGAAUUACACCAUUUCACAAGCUUUUGGGCCAUAUAGUCGCGACGCCAGCAUGGUCAAAUUCCUGCCGCCGUUUCUCGACUCUGGUGCCGACGUUUUGUCUUACUUGCCGGGCAACAAAACACCACUCGAGGUCUUUCUGACAAGUUGCAACUCCGAUUGGACAGAACGGUUUACACUUGCAUAUGCGGUAUUCGGCAAGUUUAUCAAUAAAGGAGCCAAUCUUGAUAUCUCACUGCGCUCUCAAGAACGGCUUGUGUUCCAAUAUUUGAAACGAUCGCACUAUUCGAUUGAUCUUAACAGAGCACAGUUGGUCUGUAGCCGUGUCGAUCUUGGCAGCUUCAACCGCGAGGGGGACUCCGUCUUACACCAGGUGUGCAAACUAUGCUACUCGUCGG